AGGCGGAGGAAAAGGCGGGCCCCGCGCUGCCGUUGGGCCGGAGCAGCGGAGAAGGAGGCGGAGCGGGAAGUUUGAACUGCGGCGGCUCUGAGGAGGAGGCGGCGGCCAUAGCCGAGGCGGGAAGGGCGAUGAGGCGGUGCCGGGCAGGCCGUGCUGCCGACGAGCAGCAGGUGAAGGAGGGACAGGAUGGCAGCAUUCAAGAAAAAAUUGACUUUGAAACGAGAAUGCGAGAAGGAAUUUUUAAGCUGCUUGCUGUGAGCACACAAAAGGACCAAAUAUUGCAUGCAGUUAAGAAUCUGAUGGUUUGCAAUGCUCGCAUCCUUGCCUACAGGACAGAAUUACAGAAACAGACAGGAGAAUCAACCAUGAAGAGAACCACAGUGCGAUGUUCAGAUUUUGCAGCUAAAGACCGUGAAGCUUGUGGAGGCAGACUUGCCAUAUCAGAUCUCCGAAUUCCAUUAAUGUGGAAAGGCUCUGAUCACUUCAGCAGCAGAGACAGAACCCAGCGUUACUCAGUAUUUUGCUUACUCAAAGCAGGAACUCAGGUUUUUGAUACAGAGUUGCUUAUUGUGGAUAAAGCAAUCACAGAUAUAUGUUUUGAAGGUGCAACCAUAUUUGAGGAAGCUGGCCCAGCCUUCCAGCUGAAGAUCGAAGUCUACAGUUGCUGCUGUACUGAAGAAUCUUCAACUAUAACAAACACUCCUAAGAAGCUAGUAAAGAAGUUGAAAACCUCAAUUGGGAAAGCUGCUGGGAAAAAACUCAGUCCUGUGUUGGAUGACAGCAACCCUGAAUCCCUGUUGCUUACUGAUGCAGCCAUAGUGGGUGCAAAAUACAAUUUGCUGGCACAUACAUCUUUGGGGUUGGAGAGUGUCAACAACAAUUUCAAGACCCACAGCCUUACUGCUGUGGGAGAUGAGGAAUCUUCUUUUUGGCUUCCAUUGUAUGGCAGCCUGUGUUGUCGUCUAAUUGCCCAACCAUACUGCAUGACCAAGGAUAUGAUGACUGGAUUUCUUAGUCAACAGCAAAAGAUAGGGAAUGUGACUGGAUGGAGGAAACUAUAUUGUGUGCUGAGAGGUGGCAAACUCCUUUGUUAUUGUACACCAGAAGAAAUAGAAGCUAAAGUGGAGCCAACUUUGACAGUUUCUGUCAACAAGGAAACCAGAAUUCGUGCUGUGGAUAAAGAUACCCCGAUAAACUCCAAUAACUUUGCUGUUAUCAACCCUGAGGCUGGUGAAACUGUGACUCAGAUUUUUGCAGUUGAAAGCCGGGAAGACCUUUAUAACUGGAUGGAAGCUUUCUGGCAGCACUUCUAUGAUUUCAGCCAGUGGAAACACUGUUGUGAAGAAUUCAUGAAAAUUGAGAUUAUGUCACCACGGAAACCACCAUUGUUCUUGACAAAAGAGGCUACUUCAGUUUACCAAGAUAUGAGCAUUGAUUCCCCAGUAAAACAUGAAGCGUUCCCUGAUACAGUGCAACAGAAAGUUGAGGAAGUCAAUGGGGAGCUGCUGAUUGGCCAACAGGAACAUUUGCCACCUUCAUGGGCAGCCAUGUUUGAUGGUUCUCACCACAUGCUUGUGCAGAAAAGCCUGAUUCCAGGAGCAAAAGAACAGGCCAUAAGCCCUAGUGAAGGGAAGGGCAAGAAGAGAAGAGCACCCCUUCCACCAUCUGAUAAGCCGCCAUACACCACAGGAGCACAGACAAUGUCAGAUCAAUUGGGCAAGGAAAACAUCUGUAAUAAUUCUCAUAAGAACACUUCUCCUGAUUCCAGCUCAUCUUCAGUUCCUCACUUCAAACAACCUAUUGCAGCUCCCCGCAAACCAACUCCUUGGCAGAAAGGUACCUUCGCUGACAAUGAAAAUCCUGCCGAUUCAGGUACAAAGGUUGAUAAUAGUGAAAAACCCAUUCCUGCUCCUAGGCAGAAGUUGGUCAAAGAGAUGCUUGAGCCUAGAAUCUUUUUUCAUUCGCAGGUGUAGGACUGAUGCUUGGUUUGCUCAGAAUUACAGGGGCAAAGGGAGUGUUGGCCAUGUUCACUGUCUGUCUUUUGCCAGAGUUCCUGAAAUGUUAACUUAUUUAUUUUCAACACGCAGGCAGGUGAUUGAGAUUAUAGCAAAGGAAACACCUCACCUUCCAUCCUAUCCCCAAAUUGUGCUCUGCUUGA